ACCUGGCAUUUUAUUUGUUUUAUUUACAAAUAAUUGAGUGCCACUUUAAACCGUCGCUAGAGCAUUCGCGUUUUUUCAAUUGCUUUUUGUUUAAUGCAAACAGACUAUAGAUUUAACAAACAGCCAAUUAAAGUCUAUAAUGUUCCGAAUCACUUUCAAGUGUAACCAACUGUUUCAAGGAGGAACCCGAGUAAAGGUUUGACCUGGAGAUAAACAAAUAACGCCUCAGGUCAGUCGGUCACUACUACACUGUGGAAUAUACUCGUGCCAACUUUUCCUCCUUGAGGCCAAUGUCAGACACCCGGGAUUGAGAAGACCUACGUGGAUGCUGCCGUGUGGAGCGUAACUUUUUUUUUUGACCUUGCCAAGGAUGUGGAUGUAUCCCGUGUUCCGCCGCAGAACGGGGGGAUUUGUAUGGAUCGCACUUUUGUGAGUCUAAUUGUUCAACCAUGGUAAAACUGGCCAACCCUCUGUACACGGAGUGGAUUCUUGAAGCAAUACAGAAAAUCAAAAGGCAAAAGCAGAGGCCUUCAGAGGAUAGAAUCUGUCAUGCAGUGGCCACCUCGCACGGACUGGACAAGAAGACCGUCCUGGAGCAGUUGGAAUUAAGUGUUCACGAUGGCUCUAUUCUCAAGGUUACGAAUAAGGGGAGCGCCUCCUACAAGGACCCGGGAAAUCUUGCAAGAGUUGGACCAAUCACGCCUGCAAGCGUGUCCGUGCCCUCGAAGGAAUCUAUAUGGAGUUCAAGUGAUCUGCGCUACAUCGAUUGGAAUAAAAUACUCAAGAGGGCCAUCGAGGGUCUGGAUGAUACUCACGGCUCCUCGCUGAAGAACAUCGAGAGGUACCUGAGGAACCAGGGUGACCUCUCAAACGUCGUCGAUAACCCCGCUUUCCGGCAGAGGUUACGGCUGGCGGCCAAGCGGUCGGUCAACAACAGCAGGUUGGCGAAAAACGGCCCGCGGUAUAAGCUCAGCCGUGGCGGUUUGGAGGGAAGGGGCUCCAGGUGUCCACUCGCUUCCCCCUUGGUCCUGUCGUCAGUGACACUCCUGCCCCACGAGCGAGACCAGCUCCGGGUCGACCCCAUCCCAAUAUGCAGUUUCUGUCUUGGAACGAAAGAGUCGAAUCGGGACAAACGGCCAGAAGAGCUGCUGUCCUGUGCAGACUGUGGGAGCAGCGGGCAUCCAUCAUGUCUGAAGUUUUCCCCUGAAUUAACCUCAAAUGUGAAGAGAUUACGAUGGCAGUGUAUUGAAUGCAAAACCUGCAGCUCCUGUCGAAGACAGGGGAAAAAUGCUGAUGAGAUGCUAUUCUGCGACUCAUGUGAUCGGGGCUUUCACAUGGAAUGCUGCGACCCGCCGCUUUCAAGAAUGCCAAAAGGUACCUGGAUCUGCCAAGUCUGCAGGCCGAAGGAGAACGGGAAGAAACUGCUGCACAAGAAAGCCGAUCAGAUCAAACGUCGAUAUGCAAAGCCAAUCGGAAGGCCCAGAAAUAAGCUCAAACAAAGAAUGUCUGUAACCAGUGGUGACGGCUCCAUGGUAGCACUUGGAGGAAGGGGGUCACCUGGUAGGGGUCAAAAGAUUACCGUCUGUUCCACACCUUCAUCUGGUCAUGCUGCAUCUGUGAAGGACGCCAGAGACAGAUUGGCUGACCCCUGUUGUGUGGUCGACGCCACGCAAUUUACCACUUCCACCCCCACCACCACUCCCCUCCUCACGCCCACCUCCACCCGAGCUACACUCACCGUUAACAAGAAAACCAAAGGGCUUAUCGAUGGGCUUUCCAAAUUCUUUACCCCUUCCCCCGUGGGCCGUCGCUCGCGAGCUGUAGCCGUAGAGUCGCUCGCCACGCCGUUGCGCUCUAGAGACGAGGGUCUGCCCCGACCGUCCGAGCCACCACAGCCGUUUGCCUUCGCCGCUGACGCUGCUCAAAAGAUAACCCCCUCUUCCUCUGCUCUUCCCGCUCCCACUUUGCCGGGACUUAGCCCCCCAUCGCAGGUGUCCAGCAGCUCCACCUCGGCUAACUCACCCCAGAGCUCCUCCAGCCAGUCUAGUGUUCCUUCCCUGAGUAGUCUCUACAAUAGCAGCCAACUUAAGGGACUGUUUGACGGACUCUCUCACAUUUACACCACUCAGGGACAGUCGCGGAAAAAGAGACUACCUUGCUACGCGCCGCCUAAGCGCCCGCACCUAAAGCAGGAUUCCCCCCAAGCAUCCAAAACGGGGCCCCAGCGUCUUGGAAAGAAUGAGUUUAACAAAAAUAGGCCACACUCCACGUCGGCUGGGCCGGGCCGACCCCGAGGACACCCGUUUAAGAUGGUCAGUCAUUUCAAACGUAAUCCCUUCCUUAAAAAGCACAGGACGCUAGGCAGGCUGAGGUAUAAAGUGAGCCCUCAGAAGGGAGCCCCCUCAACAGGAAAGGGAGACUUGACAGACGGAAGAAUUAAGCCUGAGAAUAAUCAUGGCCACAACGGGGAGCUGCGUGUGAAGCAGGAGGCCCGAGCCGACUUUGCGGCCAUGUCCAGAGACCACGUGAUGGAGGAGGACAUUGAGACGUUUACUCAUGUUCAGGAAGUCGCCAUGCAGAGAACUGGAUCUCGGGUGAACACAGACUCCAUGCGAUGCCCUGCCCUUAUUGAAUUUGGGAAGUAUGAGAUUCAGACCUGGUACUCGUCGCCUUACCCUCCAGAAUACUCAAGAUUACAAAAGCUUUAUCUGUGCGAGUUCUGUCUGAAGUACAUGAGGAGCAAAAACAUUCUCCAGAGACAUACAAAAAAGUGUGGCUGGUUCCACCCGCCAGCCAAUGAAAUCUACAGAAAGAACGACCUUUCCGUAUUUGAGGUUGAUGGAAAUGUCAGCAAACUAUUCUGCCAAAACCUCUGCCUGCUAGCCAAGCUUUUCCUGGAUCACAAGACCUUGUAUUACGAUGUGGAGCCUUUCCUCUUCUACAUACUUACAAAGAACGACGAGAAAGGCUGUCAUCUUGUGGGCUACUUCUCCAAGGAAAAGCUUUGCCAGCAGAAGUACAACGUCUCCUGCAUAAUGAUCAUGCCUCAGUACCAAAGGCAAGGAUUUGGAAGGUUCCUUAUUGAUUUCAGUUACCUUCUCACCAGGCAAGAAGGACAAGCCGGCUCCCCGGAGAAGCCGCUGUCAGAUCUGGGUCGCUUAUCCUACCUGGCAUAUUGGAAAAGUGUCAUACUGGAGUACCUUUAUAAGCACCCGGAUAAACACAUCAGUGUUAAAGGAAUAAGCAGGGCCACUGGGAUGUGUCCACAUGACAUCGCCGCUACUCUCCAGCAGCUGGGCAUGAUUGACAGACAGGAUGGCAGGAUCGUGCUGAUCAGGAGAGAGCGAUUGAUUCACGCGGAGGGGCUGAGGCCAAACCCGCGGCGCAAUGAGGUGGACCCCGACGCCCUGCGCUGGACACCUUCCACGGCUAUCCACGGCGUCCUGUCGGAGGAGGAGGAGGAGGAGGAGGCAGAGAUGGAUCCUGAGCGGCUGAGGGAGCAGGCCAGUUGCUGGAGAAGAAGAAGAAGAAAGAAGGAGGAGAGGGAGGGCUUCAUGAUGACUCAUGGCGGCAGGCAACCUCUCACGAAGGUCCACUGUAAGGUUCCCUACAGAACCUACGAACGCCGUCCUGCACUGUCUUGGACCAGACGCGUGCAGCAGUUUGAGGGAGUGAGUGAUGAUGAAGCUGAUGAUGACGACGACGACGACAACGACGACUCCGACUCAGAUGGCUCUCCACCCAUCCUGACAAAGGCCCACGCCAUGCUUGCAGCCAAGAGAAAGAGAACCAUUGUGCUCAAAAGGCGAGGGCGUAAAAGAAAGAGAAUAAACAGCAGCGUGACAACAGAAACCAUCUCUGAGACGACGGAGGUGUUGAAUGAGCCGUUUGACAACUCUGAGGAGGAGCGGCCUAUGCCUCUGCUAAAGCGCACCUGCAGAAUGGGCGAGAUGGGGGCAGAAGAAGAAGAAGAGGAGGAGGAGGAACAAGAGGAGAAGACACCAAUUACACCAGUGAAACGGCGGAGAGGUCGUCCGAGGCUGGAGAAAAAUGCAUGGAAACACAAUCUUGAACGCUGGAAUGAAGGGGCUGAUGUCAUCUCAAAGAGACCCAUGAGACCUCGUCCAGUGAAACGGAAGAAGGGCUGGCCGAAGGGAGUAAAACGCGGGCCCCCGAAAUGGAGGCUCAAAAACGAACGAAAGAUGGGCUUCAAGCUCAACCUCUACACACCCCCAGAAACCCCAAUGGAGGCCGAGCAGCACCAUAUUCACGCCGAGGAAGCGAAAGAGGAGGCGGACCACGAUAUGGUCAGCGCCGACGAGGAGAGCAAAGUCAGCCGAGGCUCUGCUAGUCCCGAUAUGGCGCUGCAUAGGCUCCUCACUGAGCCCCCAAGUCCUUUUGACCAUGUCUCCCACAAGUCCAGCUCCCCUGAAGGAUCGCCGGUGGCUUCUCCGAUGUGCUCCCCGGGCACCGUGUCCCCCAGGGCCGAGGACAUAUGUGAUUCGCCGGAACCUCAUGAGGACGACCAGCAGGAGAGUGAACCCGGGCGGGACUCCCCAGCCAAAGAUGUGGAGCACGGCGCAGCGGCUGUAGAGUCACUGGAGCACGGCAAAGCAGGGGAGGAAGAGGAUGACGAUGACGAGGCUGAGCAAAGAACUCAAAUAGAGGACCAGGAUGCAGACGACGAAGGUUACAGCCAGACAGCAGCAGCAGAUGAGAGCAGCAAAGCGGACCUGGAACAGUGUUCCAAAGAAAUACCCGAAUGCGCCCCACCUUUUUUAGAUGCGAAACGAGACGAUGCCUCAGAGUUCAGUCUGCAGGUGUCUACAGUGCCGUGCAAUGAAGAGGAACCAGCUACAGCUGUGGAAAGCCUCCACCAGGCAGUGACCGAAUCCACCGUAACGGCGCCCCCGCCUGAAGCCGCAGCGAUCGCUUCAGUAGCAGCCGUAGACUCUGAUAAUCCCGCAGACUCCGAGUCCGAGAUAGAGAGCACUUCUAGUCCCUGCCCGAACCAGCCGACGCCUCAUCCCACGGAGCUACCGGCACUCAGCCCCGUGCUGAGGGAGGAUCCGCCAAUCUGCGCGGAGAUCGACUCGGAGACGGCCCGGGCCGUUCAGUCCCUGACGCGGGAGACUGAGAGGGAGAGCGUUUUCUGCGUGGAGAGCCAGGAGCCCUGCAGGACCCUGCGCACCUACGCCCACGUGGCCCAGAGCCCCCAGCUCACCUCGCUGGAAGACUGUCCCCAGUCGGACCACAGCAGUCCCCUGUCCUCGGCCCAGUCGCAUCCCAGCCAGUCGGUGCGCUCCGUUAACAGCCCGGCGGUCUCCCUCCUGGAGAGCGGCUACACUCAGAUCAGCCCCGACCACAGCGCCAUCUCCGUGCCGUCGCUCCACAACAUGGAGACGAGCCCCAUGAUGGACGUGCCGUCGGUGUCGGAUCACUCGCAGCAGGUGGUGGACAGCGGCUUCAGCGAUCUGGGCAGCAUCGAGAGCACCACGGAGAACUACGAGAACCCCAGCAGCUACGACUCGACCAUGGGGGGCAGCAUCUGUGGGGCGGGCCCCUCCCAGAACAGCUGCUCCUACGGAAGCAUCCCUCCCAGCGGCUUGGCCCAGAGCAGCUGCGCCGUGAGCCAGCAAAUGGCCGCCGUCAACCCCGGCAGCUGCGGGAUGAUUCAGCAGAACAGCCUGAGCUCGCCGCCUCACUGCAACGUCAAGUCGCCGCAGGGCUGCGUCGUGGUGGAGAGGCCCCCCAGCAACAGCCAGCACAGCCAGCGCAGCCAACACAGUCAACACAACUCCCACAGCAGGCACGGCCCUCACAAUCAGCACAGCCAACACAAUCAGCACGGUCCACACAAUCAGCUAAGCCAGCACAGUCAACACAAUCCCCUCAACCAGCAUAGUCACCACCACAAUCACCACCUGCAGCACAAUCAGCUCAGCCAGCACAAUCAGCACGCUCAGCAUAGCCUUCACAAUCAACACGGUCAGCACAGCCAGCAGCAGCCCAUGGCGCAGUGUGCCAUACCCACCAACUUCACCACCACCAUGCAACUGGCAGAUAUUCCUGAAUCUGGCACCCAAAAUUUUGCCAUUUACGAGCGGAUCAACCAUCAGGGGGAGUACGGCAACGGGCAUUAUUCCCAGUCGUCGGGCCUCAGUCUGGCCAAGCUGCAGCAGUUCACCAACACGUUUAUAGACCACCCUCACCCGCUGCCUUUCAACCACUCGGCCUCACACACCAUCACAUCUUAUGCAAACACCCCGUCGCUGUCAUCUCAGCACUCCAGCCUGGUGUCCUUGUCCCAGACCCCGCAUCGAGUCCCCAACCCACAGGUGCAAGCCACCAUGACCCCGCCCACGAAUCUCAGCUCUACGCCGACCAUGAUGCUGCAGCGCAACAUGGGCAUCCCGCCCUCGCAGCGGAUCCAGCCCCAAAUGGCCUCCAAGGGUCACAUCUCCGCACGCUCCAAGUCCGCCCCGCUGUCGCACCACCAGCGGCAGAUGUACGCCCGGCCGGCGCAGACUGUGCCCAUGCAGGCGCCGUCCAGGACGCUGGCAGCCAUGCCGCGCAUGAGCGUGAACAUAAUGCCGGCACCGGGCUACAACGUCAACACCAUGAACAUGUCCUCCCUCAACGCCAUGAAUGGCUACGGCAUGAGCCAGCCCAUGAUGAACAGCGGCUACCACAGCAAUCAUGCCUAUAUGAACCAGUCACCCCAGUACUCUAUGCAGAUGGGCAUGAUGGGAACACAGCCAUACCCCCAGCAGCCCAUGCAGGCUCCACCACAUGGCAACAUGGUGUACACUCCAGCUGGUCACCAUGGUUACAUGAACACAGGCAUGUCCAAGCAGUCCCUGAAAGGGCCGUUCAUCGGGCGGUAACUUUCCGCAGGGAUCAGCUGGUCCGUCUCGCGUGCAUUUUGCUGUUUAAAGAUGCACUGAUCUGGCCUUUUUGCUUUUUUUGUUUUUUUUGUGUCUCUUUUGUUGUUUAUUACUUAAAAACCAGCAGCAGCACUUGGAAAGAAUGCAAAAAUUGUUCAUCGACAAGUAGAUUUGAAGCUAAUGUUAAAAAGUAUUUUUGUUUCUCCAGACGGGAAGCCUUACAUCAUUACGAUGAAAAUCUAUUUAAUUAGUGUUAGUGUCUCUGAUGUGUCUUUAGAGCAGGCGGGUUCAGAGAUCAGCGGUAGAGAUUUCAUCAGUGGUCUUGCAGUUGUGUAGCAGCCUCAAAUGAAGCCAUUUAAUGUGCCUGCUACAAGUGGAGUUGGUGGCCGUUUGAACCUGUUUAGUGUACCUGUCUAACAGUGCUGACAAUUAGUUUGUACUAUACUCAUGCCUUUGUAUAUUUAAAUUAUUGUACUUAUUUUGUAAAGUGACAACUAGCAUGCUUCAGUCUCUGUUAGUGACAGUGCAUUGAGUAGUACUGUACAAGUGUUGUGCUUAAUAGCAAGCCAUUUUAAAGAUAUCUGGCCUUUUAUUAGGUUUCCCUCCACGGGGAGAAAGAUAAAACUAUAUUUUGUUAAUUCUAAUAAUGUAAAAAAAAUGUAAAAUUAGUCCUGUUUUAUGUUCGGUUUCAGAGGUUUUAUUGCUACGUAUGUAUGUAUAAUUCUGAAGUCUUUUGUAACAGAUCUCCUUGAGGCAGCUUUCUGUUUAAUAAAGCAGACUGAUUUCUGUCAAAAUAACAAAGCAUAUCUCAGUGUUUGUACCCUGAAAAUUCUAAAACAUUUCAAAAGGUGUGGCAGAAUUUCAAAAAACUAAAUGAUUAUAAUGAUAACAAAGAAAAUAUAAAUUUAGUCCAAAGUUGAUAUUUUACAUAAUGCCUUUAAAGCUACGUUUUCAUUCCAUCUGUAGAUUUGUUUUCUAUCUUUAUAAAAUGUUGGAUUUAUAUUUUACCGAAGUGUAGAAGAGUAGAGCCUGUGAAUAGACCAAACUAAGCUAAUGGAUUGCAUGUAAAGCGCUACCUGUGUUUAUGUUUAUAUUGCUCUUUUGUAGCCUUUGUACCUGUACAGAGUUGCUGGUAAGAACAGGAGGGAAAUACCUGGCUAUGUGCACAAAAAUUGGACAGAAUGACAUUCUUGUAUUUAUGACUUGUCUCCUUUUGUCAGUCACAGUGCUGUACAUUUUAGCAUAAGAAUAAAUUAUGAUUGACCAUGUA